UUCAUGCGGCGCUGCGCAUGCGCAGCCACGGAAAUAAUAAAUCGCAGUGCUGUUAUGAUGGCAGCUAUAUUGACAGCAUGAAAAGAUAGCAGCAGAUUAUGGGCACCGUUAGCUCAUCUGUCUGAUUCAUUGUCUCUUAUUUACCGGCCGGCUUUCACACACACACUGAGGGAGAGAAAUGCAGAGAAUAAGGUCUUUAAAAACUGGUUGGCAGCUGCUGAAGUCAAGCUAUGAGGGAGCAGCAAAACAAGCAAACACCUCGUCUUCGACCUCAAGAAAUUAUAGCCAUCUCCCUCCUCCUCAGGGCCCCAACUCUUUUGGGCUUCUCUUCGACAUUGAUGGGGUGUUGGUUCGGGGCAGGACACUGAUCCCUGCAGCCAAGCAGUGCUUCAGGUACCUGGUGGACCGCAAUGGGAAAUACAAGGUGCCUGUGGUGUUUGUGACCAAUGCUGGGAACUGCAUGAGGCAGACCAAAGCUGAGCAUCUGUCACAUCUGCUUGAUGUUGAGGUGUCUCCGGACCAGGUCAUGCUGUCCCACAGUCCUUUGAGAAUGUUCACCCAGUUCCACAAAAUGUGUGUGCUGGUCUCCGGACAGGGUCCUGUUGAGGAGGUGGCUCACAACCUGGGCUUUCAAGAUGUUGUUACCAUAGACGAGCUCAGAGAGGCAUAUCCUGUUCUUGAUGUUGUGGAUCACAACAGAAGGCCCAAAGACAGUAUUCCACCCACCAAAGGUUUACGGCCAAUAGACGCUGUCAUCUUAUUUGGCGAGCCAAUCAGAUGGGAGACCAACCUCCAGCUCAUCGUUGAUGUCCUGCUAACCAACGGAAACCCAGACAAUGCCUGGAAUAUGAUGCAGUACCCUCAUAUCCCGGUGCUGGCUUGUAACAUGGACCUGCUGUGGAUGGCCGAGGCAAAGAAUCCCAGGUUUGGACACGGUAUGUUCCUGGUGUGCUUAGAGAGCCUCUACAAGAAGGUGACUGGCCAUGAGCUGAAGUACGAGGCUCUGAUCGGUAAACCCAGUGUGGUGACUUAUAACUAUGCUGAGCUGCUGAUCAGACAGCAGGCUGAGAGACUUGGCUGGAGCACGCCUGUGAAGACACUUUAUGCUAUAGGUGAUAACCCCAUGGCUGACAUAUACGGCGCCAACCUCUACAACCGCUACCUCCAGGCUUCUCGGCACACUAGGGCACAGAUGCAAGCUAAGAGUGGCGGAGGAGGUGCGGAUCCCCUGGCAGAAACUGUUGAUGAUGCCCCUAAAAUGACAUCAGCGGAACUAGGCGGAGCGUCAAGUGCGUACGGGGCAGAGGAGGAUCUCCCUGAGGGGUGCAGAUCCAUCCUGGUGUGUACAGGAGUGUACAGCAAAGACCAGCAGGAGCUGCCCUCAAACACAGCGCACACUGUCACCGAGCAGCGCAUUUUCCACGGCCACAGGGACUUUCGCUUCGACCCCAGCCUCACACAGCCGUCCUUCAUAGUGCAGGAUGUAAAGGAGGCAGUGGAGAUGGUGUUCCAGCAGGAGGGCUGGCCGCUGGAGUAGGAUGAGCGCCUGGGCUCCAUCUCAUGACCGUCCAGUUCUAACAGCCCUUAAUUGGCAGUAGCAGAAGAGUAUUUUUCUACCUAUGCCCUUGAUUAUGACAGGGGAGAUGUAGCUGCUAUAGUGGCGAGUUCUUCUAGAUUUUCAUUAAGUGCCAUAGGGUCAGCUCCAAAAAGUAACUAUAUGCAGUUUUAAGACUAAUUAUUAGGAAGGUUACUGACAUUUUAAGUUGUCAUGUUUGGUAGUGUGUCUCAUACUGUGUUUUUUUUUAUCAUCCUUCAUACUGUAUAUACUGAAGUUCAUCAAGCUGGACUUCAGUCCUCUCUUGCUUCUGUGCAACACGAUCUAUAUCAACUCUCUCUUUUUUAGAGUGCACGUUUAUUUGUUGAGAACUCAAGUUUUGGGUGUUGAGUUACAUGCAUUUUUACUACAUGCAGACUUAUAGUGUAUCUAAGUUCUUGGAGACAUUGUUCACAUAUAGUUACACUUUAAGCUAAAUAAUGUCCUCAUCGAUCCAGAAAGAGCACUAAAAAGUCACAUCUGCUAGUCUGUGACAAUAUGACAUGUUGUCCUGCUAACGAUGUAUUUUAUUCUUUGCACAACAGUCUACCAAACUGGGUCAUCUUGCCUUUGCAAAAUGUAAACCCCCAGGUUUUAUGUAGGUCAGUUCUGCUGUUCUUUUUUUUAAAUUGCUAUCAUAUUUCAGCUUGAUUCAUUUUAAGCUAGGGUGAAACCACUAAUGCUGAUGAGAUUAUAUUGCCAGGCUUCAGUUUAGUACCUCAUCAGUUUAGUUUUUAACCUUAAUCAAGAGUACGGUCUUUUUGUUUGUUUGUUUGUUUUUUUGAAAGAAAUGUAGUCUCAUUUUGUAAGAUUGUCAGAGUUAAAUGAAGUAUCAGAAAU